GCUUUUAACACAUGAUGUCUGCCAUCGAUUGUCAACAUCAACCAUCAAAAUAAACAUACAAGCUAUUUUAGAGCAAGUAAUACCGAUUUUUGGCGACAGUUAUGGCUCUGCCGCCGCUUCCAGCAAAGAGUGUAACUCUAGUUAGUGAAGAUCAUGCUUUUGUUACCCCAGUGAAACUCGUGAAAACCCUUGACGAUAUGCAGAAAUGGGACAAAUCUGAAGCAUAUUUUGAAUACCUAGGGUUUAUAUAUGCCCUCAAUGAUGCGAUCCGAGGCAAAAGCAACUCAAAGGCCUCUGAAGGGGCUUCGCAAAAUGUGAACAAAAUAUGCGGUGUGCUCAAUACUCUCAGCUUGUGGGUGGACCAAAUACCUCCUGUGAGUCAGCCCCAGCGUUUUGGAAACGUUGCUUUUAAGACAUGGUAUGGUAGAUUGAAGGAAGAAGCCAUCCAGUUGCUGCAGGAUAUUCUACCCGCUGAUAUUUACCGAGCAAUUCCCGAAAUAAUGGUUUACUUGGAAGAAGGGUUUGGCAAUGCAACUAGGAUCGACUAUGGAACUGGGCAUGAAAUUUCUUUCGUCAUGUUUCUAUGCUCGUUAUUUAAAAUCGGGUUUUUGACUGAGCCCGACUUUGCGGCCACAGCCUGUAAAGUGUUCGUCCAGUACCUGAACUUGGUCAGGAAGCUGCAACAGACCUACAGAAUGGAACCAGCAGGAAGUCACGGUGUUUGGAGUUUAGACGACUACCAAUUUGUGCCAUUCAUAUGGGGUAGCUCGCAGUUAAUAGCGCAUCCACAGAUCGAGCCGCCCAUGUUCGUUAAGCCCGACGUGGUGAACGCAGUGGCCGACGAAUACAUGUUUCUCAGCUGUAUAAAGUACAUCAACCAAGUGAAAACUGGCCCGUUUGCGGAACAUUCAAACCAGCUAUGGAGCAUAAGCGGCGUGUCGACUUGGUCGAAAGUCAACAGCGGUUUAAUCAAAAUGUACAAGACUGAAGUUUUAUCGGCAUUCCCGCUUGUUCAGCACGUGGUAUUUGGUUCGCUUUUCACUCUCCAGCCCGCGGCACAUGGAGCGAGCAUUCGCCGACCAAGAUUAGGCGAAUUCUCUAAUUCUCAAUCUAGUUGCUUCAAACCCCCGCCCACCAAGAGCAGCUCCGAUACUAAAAACGCUUCCGAAAACACCUUAAAUUCGAUAUAACUAUAAAAUUGUAUUUUCGAAACUGUUGCAUUUUCCCAGGCACUGCAAUAGAGUAGCCGGUGAA